AUGACGGUGGGUGACAUGGAAAAAGCAGAAGUCUUCGACGCGGAGAGCAAGGGAAGGGGUCUGAAGACGAAGCAAGAAGUUUGGAGUGGGGACGUGGUCUUCGCCGAGCCAGCGUACGCUGCGGUCGUGUUCGACAACCUCACACAGCAGGUGUGCCAUGGGUGCUUCAAGAAGCAGGGGAAGCUCCGGCGAUGCACCCAGUGCAAGUUCGCCCACUACUGCGACCGCACCUGCCAGAGAGCAGCGUGGACGGAGCACAAGAACGAGUGUACCGCCAUCAGGAAGCUCGGCAAGGCCCCCAGCGAGAGCGUCAGACUGGCCUCCCGUAUCCUGUGGAGGAUGAGCAGAGAAGGAGAUAUUGUCUCUGAGGAUCGCCUCAUGUCCAUUGAGAACCUGCAAGACCAUCUGGAUGACCUCAGUGAGGAAGAGAAGCAGCAGCUGACACUGGAUGUUGAGGUCUUCCAGAAGUACUGGGACUCCAGCGACCAGCAAGUUGGCACACAGUCCAUAUCACACAUUUUUGGAGUGAUAAACUGCAAUGGCUUUACCAUCAGUGACCAGCGUGGGCUGCAAGCCGUGGGCGUCGGGUUAUUUCCAAACCUCUGCCUGGUGAAUCACGACUGCUGGCCAAACUGCACAGUCAUGUUGAACAAUGGAAAUCACGAUGCGGUUAACUCAAUGUUCCACACACAGAUGAGAAUUGAACUUCGGGCCAACCAGCAGAUCAAGGCCGGGGAGGAGAUGACGGUAUCAUAUGUGGAUUUCCUGAAUCUCAGUGCGGACAGGCGCAAGAUGCUUAAGAAGCAUUAUUACUUCGACUGCAGCUGUGAGCACUGCCAAAAGGGAAUCAAGGAUGACCUGAUGCAGGGUGUCAAAGACGUAGAUGGCAAAAAGCCACCAGAAGAAACAGUGAAGGAAGUCAUUGAGUUUUCAAAGAAGACAUUGGAAAAAGUUGAGAAGGAUCGACAAGAAGGUCUCUGGGCGAACAUUGUGAAGCUGUGCCGGGAGUGCCUGAAGAGACAGGAGCCUGUUCUGGAAGAUACAAACCUCUAUAAGCUAAAGAUACUGAGCCUCGCCUCCGAAGUCCUCUCUUAUCUGCAGUACUUUGAAGAAGCAGCAGGGUACGCCAAGCAGAUGGUGGAGGGAUAUCUGAAGCUCUACCAUCACAACAAUGCCCAGUUGGGAAUGGCUCUGAUGAGGGCUGGAGUGACCCACUGGCAUGCUGGGCUCAUAGAACCAGGCCAUGCCAUGAUCUGCCAAGCAUAUGGGAUUAUCCUGGUGACACAUGGCUCAACCCAUCCCAUCACCAAGGAUCUUGAGACAAUGCGAUGUCAGACCGAAAUGGAACUUCGAAUGUUCAAGGAGAAUGAAUUCCUUUACUAUCAGAUGAGAGAGGCGGCACUGAAGAAUCAGAAAAUGCAAGUCAUGGCAGAACCAGCCGGCGAAUACAUCAAGGAGCUUUUCCACAGAAGAAAAUAAGAUCCCAAAGUUUAAAUAUAUUCUGCAGGCACUUGGAACUCAUUCAUGUGAUGUGACUUGUUGCAAAACACAAAGUGCUGGAGGAACUGAAUGGGUAAAGCAGCAUCUAUGGAGAGAAGUGGACAGUUGAUGUUUUGGGUUGAGAGCCUUCAUUUGGACUCACUUCUCAAUCAGAAAUGUUGACUAUCCAUUACCAUUCACAGAUAAUG